ACGAAAAUUAUGCCGACAAGACGGAAGUAUUUUAACUGUCCUCCGUGGCGGAAUUUACAACUGGAUGUUGCGUAGCACAUCACAAAACAGAAAAGAUGGCAGAUUAAUUUCAUAGACGCUGAAGACAGAAAUGGCGGUGUGUGCACUGACCAUGUUCGACGGGAUGGGAGAUGAGGUGACAGCAGCAGGUGGUGUGUUGCUUUUGGUAUUGGCCCUGGUCUUGGCUUGGCUGUCAACACAUGUGGCAGAUCGGGGAGACCAUAUAUUAGGUACCAUCCUCACUGUCGGCGCACAUGCCUCCCUCAUUGGGCUGGGGGGCCCUGAUAGCUACAGUGGAGGGCCUGCCAGCACAGACACACCUGAACAGCAGACUCCUCCUCCCUCCCAGGAAAACAAGCCAGAAGAGGAGCCAGGGUCUGAGCUAGGAGAAGGUACAGGAGAGGGAGCUGCAGGUGUCGCCACAGAUCAUCUUUUGAACAUACAGAGCAAGCAGUCACAUAGUGGUAGAUACCAUCUAAGUGAUGAAGAGGAUGAGGAGGAGGAUGAGGAGGAAGAAGAGGAAGGUGAUGAUGCGUUAAAUGAAGUCAGAAUGGUGCCAAAGCUUAUUCCAGUGUUGUCCAACAACUCUACCACCACCUCCAUCUCUGUACGUUUGAAAUUUCUAAAUGACACAGAAGAGGUGGCUAUCCUGAAGCCACAUGACACAGUUGGUCUACUGAAAAGCAAAUACUUCUCGGGUCGGGAGCGUCAAAUAAAAUUGAUCUACCAAGGACAGCUGCUGCAGGAUCCUAGAAGGACUCUCUUGUCCCUAAACAUUACACACAACAGUGUGAUCCAUUGCCACAUCUCCCAGGUGCAUCAUGAGGCCAGUCCAGAGGAAGGAGACCUGUCUGGGGCAGGCUCAGGAGUCAGCGCUGGGGUUGCCGGUGGAAUCAGGGCAGCUGGUCUGGCACUGAGCACCAGUAAUCUGGUGGUACCUGUGUUUGUGGUGAUAUUGGCUGUGGUCUGGUAUUUCCGUAUCAACUACAGGCAAUUCUUCACUGCUCCUGCGACCAUCUCCCUUGUAGGAGUCACUGUGUUUUUCAGUUUCCUAAUGUUUGGGAUGCACAACCGUUGAGAGCGAGAG